AUGAAUCGUGGUGGGACCAAUGGAAUGGAAUGGGAGUCCUCUCCGAGAGUGAUGUCUGCUAUCCCAUUUGCAGCCAUUACUGGCACGGGGAUAGCACAGCAACCGGACGAGAGAGAUAAUCGCUUUUGGAAGCGGUCUGGCCGAUCAUCCCUCGUUACUGUCACACGCGCGGCGCGGAAUGACGAGUCUAGAGUCACAGGCGGCGCGGGCACCGCGGCUCGUGGAAGCGGCGGAAGCAGCAGCGCACCUUCGGGCUUACGACGCGACGCGAAGUCCGACUUAAAGAGCGACGCGCAAAGCGGUCGAAGCGGCCGUAACGGCGGCUCGAGCCGUCCGCGCGAUGGCGAGUGGCAGCGCGACAAGAAGGGCCGGGGGGGGCAGUGGCGGCUGCGACGGCUGCACGGGGAAGGGGGGAAGGGGAAGACGGGCGCGGUAAAGACGGCUGCCGUCCCUGCUGCUACAGCCGUCCCUGCUGCUACAGCCGUCCCUGCUGCUACAGCCGUCCCUGCUGCUACAACCGCUCCUGCUGCUACAACCGCUCCUGCCGCUCCUGCCGCUCCUGCUCCUCCUGCUGCUGCGCCCGUUCCUAAGCAGUCCCUCCCUGUCUCCGCUUCACCGACUGCCUCCGCCUCUGUUUCCGCUUCCGCCCCUGCCUCCGCCUCCGCCCCUGUAUCCGCUUCCGCCGUUGUCUCCGCUUCCCCCCCUGUUUCCACCUCCGCCUCUGCCUCCGCCUCUGCCUCCGCCUCUGCCCCCGCCCCUUUCCCUCCCCUUAACUCGAUCCCUCUCAACUCCUCCGUCCUUCCUACUGCUUCGACUGAGGCCAUUCAGGAAGCUUCCUCGCUUGCGUCUGUCACUGCUCCUGUGGAGCCGUCCGAAGCUUCCGCUGCCUUGUUGAGUCAAGGGAGUCAACGCAGUCAAGAGGCGCCACGUGGCGAAGGGUUAGUGGCUGAGGUCGCGACGCAAGCAGGAGGAGUUGCUUGGCCGAGAGGGGGCGAGAUCUGGAAUUCUCCGUUGCCAGCUGGAGGAUGGCUGUGGGCAGCUGGUUUUGUCGUUACUGCUGCUACAGUGGCAUGGGUCGGAGGACGAGCGGGCGGCAAGGCAGAGAAAAGGAAAGAGGGGUUGCAGGAGCAGGGGAAAGUGCUUGUAACGAGAACGGAGUCUGAUAAUAAAGAGGGUGGGAUAAGUUGGGAGGAGUGGGAGAGGAAGAAGAUGAAAGAGAAGAAGGUGGAAGGGUGGAGGAGGAGAGCCGAGCAGGAGAGGAUGGAGCGAGAGAGAGCAGAGAGAAUCAAGGGGAAAUGGGCGGAAGGGGAGGCGGUUGAGAGUGGUGGAGAGGAGUUGGGAGGGAUCAAUGGGGGCGAAGAGAGGGAUUGGGAGGACGGGAGGGGAAGGGGAGAAGCGGGGUUCGGGGUUUAUGAGGAAGGGACGAAGGAGGUGAGGGGGAUUAUCGGGAAGGUGAAAGGGGUGGCUGGGGGGGAGAGAGGAGGGAAAGUGGAUGUGCUAGUAGGGGGGGAUUGGGAGGGUGUGGGGAUCAGGGGAAGGGGAGAGGGGGCGUGGGGGGACGAGAGAGGGGGUGCUGUGGUGGAUAUUAGUGCAGAGGUGAGGGAGCGGAGGGAGGAGAGUGAGGGAGAAGUAGGGAAGAAGGGAGAGGUAGGCGAGAAAGGCGCGAAGGGAGAGGAGGGAGAGCAGGGAGAGAAGGGAGAGGAGCAGCAGGAGCAGCAGGAGCAGAAGGAGCAGCAGGAGGGGAACGCAGAGGAGCAGAGGCGACAGGCAGCAAUGGCUGAGAUUCGCAGGCGUGCAGACCUGGUGAGGCGGCAGGAGAGGGAGGAGAGGGAGGAGAAGGAGAGAGCGCGGAAGGUGAGUGCUGAGAUGCAGAGGCUGCUAGUGGAGAGAAGGAGGCGGGGCGAGGUGGUGACUCAGCAGGUGUUGGAUGCGGUGUGGGAGGAGGCGUGCACGGUUGUGCUGGGUGGGAAGGUGGGAGGAGCGGGAGGGGAUGCGGCGGGGUUUACUGUAGCAGGAAGCACCUCUUCUGGCAAGGCAGGAGCGGCAGAAAUAGCAGCGGCUGCUGCAGCAACAAGAGGUGAAGCAGCAGCUUUGGGAGAAGGGGAGGACGUGGGUGAGAGGGUAGAGGAGGGGCAGAGGGAAAGUGACCAGCAAAUGGGAGCAGACAGGCAGCAGCAGGUGCAGGCAGAGAGGCAGCAGUGGGAGUUGGAGGAUGCAAAGAGAAGGGUGAGACAGCGAGCAAUGGCAGCAGCUGCUGCUGCUGCUGCUGGGGCGUCUGGUGCUGGUACUGCGAGUGGUGGGGCAGGGGCUGCAUGGUGGGUAGAAGACGACUCUCUGGUGACGCUGGUGGCGCGGGUGAUGCUGAACGAUGAAGGCGGGAGGGACUCGAUGCACGGGCUGACUCAGGAGGAGCAGGCGACGUUCUUUGACGCGCUGAAUAGGCUGUAUGGGGAGGAGGAUGCGACUAAGGGGGCCGGGAAGCAGCAGGAGAAGGGAGACGGGGUGUCGGAGCUGGUGGAGAAUCUGAGCUACGGUCGAGGUGAGUGGCUGUGCCCCGUGGGAUGGGCACGGGGGAAAGGGGGGGAAUGUGAAGGUGAGAUUGUAGGAGGUGGGGCGGGACUCGAUGCACGGGCUGACGCAGGAGGAGCAGGAGAGAAUGGGGAGAGUGGGGAGAAUGGGGAGAAUGGGGGGAAUGGGGGGAAUGGGGAGAGUGGGGAGAAUGGGGAGAGUGGGGAGAGUGGGGAGAAUGGGGGGAAUGGGGGGAAUGGGGAGAAUGGGGGGAAUGGGGGGAAUGGGGAGAAUGGGGGGAACACACUACUUCAUCUCUGUGGCCGACCCAAUGGAAGUGGUGGUGCCGCGGAUGCGAGAAGGGGGAUGGCGGGGAGAGAGGCAAUUAUCAGUCCCCAUCUAGACACCCCAUUUCCCAUCCACUCUCCCUCCCCCCGUGCAGAUGGUAUUUCGGUGAGCGACCCGAUGGAAAUGGUGGUGCCGCGGAUGAGGGAAAGGGAUAGCACGGUGAGAAAGGAGGGCAGCAGUGUCGACACUAUGGCACCAGCAGCAGGCAUUGGCACAGCAACAGAAGCUAACGGCAGCACAGCAACCAGUGGGCCUGUAGCAACCGAUGGGACUACAGACGAGCUGCUGGUGCUGGCAGUAUCGCAGUAUGUGAAUGCUGCUGAUGGGGACACGUUCGUUGAUGAUGGGGGUGCGAGGGAGAGAGAGAGUACGGCUGUGGGUGGUGGGAGUGAGGGAGGAGAGUGGGAGGGAGGGGAGAGUGUGGUGGUGAGUAGUGGGUGUGGGGGAGGGGAGGUAGAGGAGAGUGUGGUGGUGAGCAGUGGGAGUGGGAGAGGGGAAGGGGGAGAGAGUGUGGUGGUGAGUAGUGGGAGUGGGGGAUGGGAAGGAGGAGAGAGUGUGGUGGUGAGCUCUAGUAAAGGCAUGAAUGGGCGCCAGUCUUGGUCACUGGAAGAGAAACAGGGAGGGAGGGCAGGUGGAGCGAUUGGGAGCGGUGAAGAGGGGUGGAGCAACACAAAGCAGUGGGCAGAGGAUAUAAGAGCAAGGUAUGAAGAGGAGAGAGAUCCGGAUGUGAAGGAGGUGAUUCAGCAGCUAGGAAAAGACCUUCCCAGGUGGCUUUCAGAGGAAGAAAUUAAUUCUGCCCCGACUCUCUCACAGGUUGUAGCGGCAGGGAGGGAAGGGGGCGACCCGAAGCAGCGGGCAGCAGUGAAAAGUUUUCUCGAGAAGGUUCGGGAGGAGAAAGAGAGGUUUGGCGCGGAAGCUGUGGCGGAGAAGUAUUUGGAGCAGGCUCGGGAUGCGGAGGAGGAGGAGGCUCGGCGGAGAGGGGUGGUCCGGCCGGACCUGGACCGACUGUGGUGGCUUGACCUGCAGGCUGUGUGGGUUGUGAUGAUUAUGAGAUGGAGUAGUAGCAGUCACGGCACCAGCAGUGAGGGGCAGCGAGUGCAGAGGGUGCCUUACUCCUUCCAGCUCCCCCCUGAUUGGGGCUCUGCUGCUGCCUACUCUACUGAGGGUGUUUAUAACGGGGAUACUGGUGGGACAGCUGGAGCAGCAGCAGUAGCAGAGGACGCAUGGAUAGUGGUGGGGUUUGAGGACGUGGUGGAUGCAGCGCGGUUCAGUGAGGUGCUGAGGGUGUGGCUGCUGGCACACCCAGAGGAGCUGGAAGGAGAGGAGGAGGGGGGUGAUGAGGAGGAGGAGAGAAUUGAGGCAGCUGCUGGUGUGGCUGUGGAGGUGAAAGCAGUUCCAUGUGCUCCCAAGGGCAGGGAAGCGUGUCAUUGCAUUCUCGUGAUGCAGCGGCAGCAGCUACAGGUAGCAGCCUUUGACCAGCUGCAGGUAACAGCCUUUGACCAGCUGCAGGUAACAGUCUUAGACCGGCUGCAGGUAACAGCCUUUGACGAGCUGCAGGUAACAGCCUUUGACCAGCUGCAGGAGCUCUACUCAAGUGCCAAGGAAGCAGGCCAUCGCAUUCUCGUGGUGCAGCGGCAGCAGCUACAGCUGACAGCAAUUGACGAGCCUUUUCCGGAAGUGCUGGCUCGGCUGUGUGAUGUUGCUGCUGCUGGGGAUGAUAAGAGGAGGGGGACAAGAGGGCCCGCCACGGUUGAUUUGGGACCGUUGAUUGCUCGUGCGGGGAAGAGGGGUGGAGAAUGGAGGCGUGGCUCGUUUGACGACGUUCGUCUGUUGCGAGGCUCCCAUACGGGCAGCAGCAGCAGCAGCGGCACUAGAGGGAGCAGCAAUGCACGAGGGGAAGGAGCAAGGGAAACGAAAGGAGGAGGGGAGGGUGGUAAGGGAGGGGGGGCGAAAGGCGGGCGGGAAAAUGCGAUUCACGUGAUGCUGACUAGUAACGGGUCGCCUUAUAUGAACUGGCAAUCGCGGAUCAUGUACUACACGUACCUGCAGGUCGCAGGUCAGCCCGGCAGUGACAUGAAGCACUUCACUCGCGUGCUGCACCGCUCGACAGACGACGCUCUUAUGGAUGUCAUGCCGACGGUUCGGGUCAAGCCCCUGGACCCCACGUGUGACACGUGGUGCGAAUACCCUGUAGCUAGCCGCCCCUUUGCCAUCCAGCAGUGGCUGGAGUCGGGGGACGUGAAGGGCGAGUGGAUCUUCAUGAUCGAAACUGACUAUAUCUUUGUCAAGCCUGUAUCCAUCCCGCCGGCAGGCAGGGCGCUGGGUUUUCCCUUUGACUACAUCGCGCCUCAAGACCCUGAACUCCGUCCCUUCAUGCGCAGGUAUUACCCGGAGCCAUACCGAAUCGAGGACAUCCCGAGGACCGGCAAUGCCCCGACCAUCAUGCGAUAUGAUGACAUGAUGCAAGUGGUGCCCAUAUGGGUGAACGUGACAGCAGGCAUCGAAGGGAACACGGAAAGCAAGGAGCGGUUCGGGUGGGUGCGGGAGAUGUAUGCUUUCUCCAUCUCCCUUGCGCUUGCAGGGGUGAAGAUUGACCUGCCGCCAAUGCCACAUGCCAUCAUGAGCCAGCCUCCAGCUGACAAGGUGGUGGGUGAUGCUGCUCUGCUGCACUACACGUGGGGCAGUCAGAUCAAGGACUGGAGUGGCAACGUGGACUGGGAGUUUGACAAGCGCAAGUUCACAGACAUCAUUUCUUGCUCCCCUCUGUUGCCUUCUGCUCGCAUCUGCCCACCUCCCUUCACUCCCAUGCUGCAGGACUGGAGUGGCAACGUGGUCUGGGAGUUUGACAAGCGCAAGUUCACAGACAGAGGGCUGCCAGACCCAGUGCCUGAACCGCCAGAGGGGAAGCAGGCAUCGGAGUCCCAGAAGGUGCUGGUGUCGAAAGUCAACGAGGCCAUUAACCAUCUGCCCAAGUACACGCUGCGAGAGCUGCGGGAGAUGGGGCGCAGCGAUGCAGAGAUUGGCGCCUAUGAGCGGGAGUGGCGCGCCAAGGGGUAUGCGGAGGGGACGAAAGGAGGAUUGGAAGGAGGAGGAGGAGGGGCGAAGCAGGAGCAGCAAGGGGGUGUGGGACAAGCAGGGGGGCCGGGGCAAGCGACUGGGCAAGGAGGUGGGUUGGUGAGAGGAGGGGCGGCGGCACAGCAGGAGGUGGCGAAGCCGGCGGUGGUGCCUGGGGAGAUGGAGAAGGGGAGCAUUCAUGCGAUGGUCACGAGUAACGGCAAUGCGUACAUGAACUGGCAGACGCUGCUCAUGUUCCACACGUACAAAAAGGUGGCAUCUGAGCCAGGCAGCAACCUGCGCUUCUUCACCCGCGUGCUGCACCGCACCAAGGACGACGAGCUCAUGCACCUCGUUCCCACUGUGCGAGUGCGACCACUGGAACCCAAGUGCGAUGACUGGUGCGAGUACCCAGUGGCUGAUCGCCCCUUCGCCAUCCAGCAGUGGCUGGAGUCGGGGGAUGUGAAGGGCGACUGGAUUUUUAUGAUAGAGACCGACUACCUUUUUGUCAAGCCCGUCGCCAUCCCCCCAACAGGGCGCGCUCUGGGCUUUCCGUUUGGCUACAUCAUCCCUACCUACCCCUCCAUCCACCACAUCAUGAUUCGCUACUAUCCCGGCGAUCUAAAGGACAUUCCUCAGACAGGCAACGCACCAGUUCUCGCUCCCACUGCUGCUCUUGCACGUGUGGUGCCGAUAUGGGUGGACAUCACAGCCCGGUUCGAGAAGGACGAAGAGGCAAAGAAGGACCUCGGGUGGGUGCGCGAGAUGUAUGCUUUUUCCAUUGCUGCUGCUCUCGGCAACAUGCCCAUCGACCUGCCCCUCGUGCCACAUGCUAUUAUGGUGCAGCCUCCAGCCGACUCUGUAUUGGGCGAUGCAGCCAUCAUUCAUUACACUUGGGGAUACGAGUUCAAGGAUGAAGCUGACAAGGUAGUGUGGCGAUUUGACAAGAGAGACUACACACAGCCUGGGCAAGUACCGCCAAUUCUUGCCGACCCACCGCAAGGGAAGGCCUCGGAACUGCAACUUAUCAUGGUCCGUCAUAUGGAGUUCCCCGCCUAUCCCAGCUUCGUCACCCCGUGGGCUCACUCCCUUCUCUUUCCGGACGCCACAACCCUGAAGCGCAAAGCGGAUAGCGAAACGUCCACCAUUCUCGACUCCACGUUACCACCUUUCCUCGCCAGCCCAGAAAAGCGCCUUCGCAUUCCCGACAUUAGAUUUUCUGGCGUUAAGUAUUCGCCCUGCGCCACUCCCAGUUCAGUCUUUUCCUCCUUCGACGGGGAGUUUCAAGCCUUGCCUCCGCUGGCCCCGUCUUCCCCAACAAGCUCUCCCCUCACCUCUCCGCCGAUAUCCCCCCUCUCUUCCGGGACAGCCACAUCCGCUCUCACCUCUUCCUUCGCUCCCCGCGCAUCCCCCGCACCCGCCGCUUCCCCCGCCGAUUCCGCUGCCCCUGCGCUUCCCCGCCGCCUGAAGGGCGUGCGGCAGCGCAAGUGGGGGCGGUGGGUGACGGAGAUCCGCUGCCCGCGCACCAAGACGCGCGUGUGGCUGGGCUCCUACGCGACGGCGGAGGAAGCGGUGCGCGUAUACGACAUGGCGGCGCGGAUGAUUUUCGGCGAAGUUGCCUCGAAGGUCACUCUCAACGAGCCCGACGCGGCCCCGCGUCCCGUAACCGUUGCGAAGAGCAUUGCCGAGGCGCUAAUCAAGGUUGCGCGAGCCAGCAGCGGCAACGGCGACGCGACCGUUGACUUGUCCGCCCCGGAGAAGCGCGCUCGCAUUUCCGAGACUAGUUUCAAUGGCGUUUCAUCUGCGCCCUCCGUUACUCCCAAUUCAGUCCUUUCCACCUUCGACGGCGAGUUCCAGCCGACCAUGUUGACCGCGUUGACCGCGUCUCCCCAAACAACCUCUUCGCUUGCCUCUCCGCCGAUCUCCCCGCUCUCCUCCCCGGGUUACUCAUCCGCACUCGCGUGCUCCCCCGCUCACCCCUCGUCUCCCGCGCCCGUCGCUGCCCCCGCCGCUUUCCCCGCGCUCCCCCGCCGCCUCAAGGGCGUGCGGCAGCGCAAGUGGGGGCGGUGGGUGACGGAGAUCCGCUGCCCGCGCACCAAGACGCGCGUGUGGCUGGGCUCCUACGCGACGGCGGAGGAAGCGGUGCGCGUAUACGACAUGGCGGCGCGGAUGAUCUUCGGCGAAGAUUCCUCGACGGUCCCUCUCAACGCUCCCGACGCGGCCCCACGUCCCGUGACCGUCGCGAAGAGCAUCGCCGAGGCGCUCAUUAAAGUUGCGCGAGCCAACAGCGGCGAAGGCGAUACGACCGUUGACUUGUCCGCGUUCCGCGGCGACAUGGCGUGUUUGGAGGUUGUCGGGCAGAACGUGGUGGUGUCUGAAUGCCCUUUCGCGCCGCUCGCGCUGGAAGUGACGCCGAAUGGCCACGACGAGACUUGCCGUCUUCCCAAUUGUGAGCCUUCCGCGUCAACGAGCGCUGAUUGCGAGAUUUAUCUGCAGAAGCAGUCGGACGCAGCGGCUAUUAGUACUAACGGAGUGGUUGAUAACGAGAAAUUAUCCGCUUCCGACGUCCCGUCCGCGCUCUCCCUCAUUGAGGAGCUUUUCAGCGACAGCUUCUGCGGCGUCCUAGCGACCCCUGCGACAAUGUCGCCCUCUGUCUGCGACCUGGGCGAUUUUGAGAUCCUCGAGAACGUCUCCGGCCUCUGGGGAGAAACCUUUUGA